CAUUAAAGGAGAUAAGAGUGAUUUGGACAAAAUAAAGAAGAAAUUUAGAUACAAAUAAACUUAUGUAGUUUGUCCCUAAAUUGGUAACAUUGCAAUUUCCCGCCCCGCAAUCGCCGCUUUGUCUGCCAGUUUUAUUUUCCAGCCGUCUGUAAUCCCCAACUAAUCCAUCGUUCGUUUUGCCCAUUCAACAGAUUCCAACAAAAUCCCCAAAUCACACUACUAAACAAAACCUAAAUCAUUUUCCCCAAAUCUCCAACUAGCUCUUCUCCCAUAUCUUCGUCUUCCCCCCUUUCCACCUCCUAGGGUUUAAGUUUCCAUUUUAAGGGUUUUAGGGAUUUCCCUGUUUGUAUUGUUUCCUCUUUGAAACUCGGAUAAAAGAUGCAGCAACAACCAACGACGUUGAACUCUUCCCCUGUCCCUGCUCCCCCGUUACCCUUUCCCCCAAACUCCAUCACCACCGAGCAGAUUCAAAAGUGCUUGGAUGACAAUAAAAAUUUGAUCUUGGCCAUAUUAGAAAAUCAGAAUCUUGGAAAAGUUAACGAAUGUGCCCAAUAUCAAGCUGUUCUUCAGAGAAAUUUGAUGUAUCUAGCUGCGAUUGCUGAUGCUCAACCGCCACCAUCAACGUCAGCACCGCCAUCCCAGCUUCCGCCAAAUUCUAACCCUCAAGAAGGACAUUAUAUGCAACAACAUGCUCAGAACACGGCACUCCAGCAGCAGCAGCAGCUGCAGGGAGGCAUUCCUCUUCAGAAGUUACCAUUCCAGCUUAAUGCCAUGCGUUCUGAUCAGCAACAGCAACAGCAACUAUUCCACUUGCAGGCACAAGCACAACAGCACCAACAACAAUUCCAAGGUCAAGCUGGAAUGCAUCAUAUCAGUCAAGCCGGCCUCUCCAAUUCAGGUGGUUUGAUGGAGGGCCGUGGGGGUAAACAAAAUCCCAUGGACACAAAUUCUGGUGAUGGCCAAGGAAAAUCUACAUUAGGGCACCACUAAAUGCUACUUCAGUUUUUACUAAACCAGUGUCUUGAGCUAACAUGCAAAAACUUUUAAUGUUCUUCCUUUUCUUUAUCUAAUGGGCAGAUGCAUAUGAACUUAUAUUUCCAUGCUGCUAGUUUUUUCGAAAAUUGAAAUCCGUAUGUUGUAUAUGCAUUGCCACCCUUUCUUGGUUGCUAAUGAAUAC